AUGCCCGCCCGCCCGCCCGCUCUCCUGCCCUCCUGCCUGCCUGCCGGCUUCGCCCAGGCCACUCACUCCCCGGCGCUGAACCAGGGAGCACUACGCCGACCUGCGGACACCGCCCGCCUUGCCUCUUCUGCUUCAUCAUGUUCCCACGGGCCGAUGAGCUCCUCCACUUUCUCUCUUCGCCCUUGCCAUUUGCGAUCGCUUCCAUCCUUGGCUUUCCAUGAUGGAAAGCCAAAGCUAAAGCCGCAGGCGUUGCUCGGAGGAAAGGUCGGUCGGUCGGUUCGUCCGAUCCGCGAACGAGAGAAUUCGCGGAUCUUCGCGCUAAUUCGACAGCCCCGAGCACAGUCGCCACUUCUUUUUUUCGUCGGCGCUUGACCGAGAGCUAACGUGUUGGACCCCUUCCGAAAUACGAAUCGUGCUGGAGCUCUUUAAUAUUUCCAAAGCCAUUUCAGAAGUCAAGAAAGUGGCGCUGUACACCCUCCUCAAUAUUACAUCCAGCGUAUCUGCAAGCCGAAUGAACUUUUCAGUUGACCUUUGUCACAUAAGACCUAGACCACGCACAAGGUUUGAAAACUUCUUCCUCAUGUAGUUUUUCUGGUUAACUUGUGACGUAAGGUCUGUGAGACAAGCCAAAGGAUACCACUUUGGACCCCUAAUUUACGAUAUACUUUUCAUGUACGCCUGCAAAAGUACAAUACUCUUCGGUUCUAAUAGUAG